UCAUUGACUUAAAUUGAUGUGUGGCAGACGACAAGGAACUUGCAAUCUGUCAUUGUAAAGUUUAUUGAAAUAAUAUUUCUUUAAACACUAAUAACUUCGUAAAAACAAAUUUUAUUACAGAGAUUGACCCGGUGGCUGAUAAUGUUAUGAAGAAAUAAAUUGCGUUCGAACGUGUAAAGGCUGUCCAUAUUUCUGUACGAACUGAACAUUAGGGUUAUGAGGCUCCAAUUUCGAAGUCUCGCUAUUCAUAAAUAUUUUUUCAACAUUUUUAAUAUAAUUUGCGUACUACAUGAUGGCUGAAAAAUGUAAGGAAUGUGGUUGCAAAUGUGUAAACUGCAAUCAAAAUGAUCAGCAACACGGAGACAUGCAUUUGCAUGUAGAGAUAGAAAACUUAAGACAACGUUUAUUGGAAAGGGAUAAUCAUAUUGUAACAAUGGAGACACAGUUUCUGAACGAGGCUGAUAAAUUUCCAAAUGGAGAAUUAGCUUCCUUGAAGGAAGAACUUGUGAUAUGGCAAGAGAAAUAUUCAAGAUUACACGAGGCUCAUAAACGUGUUCAAAAAGUAAAUCAAAGUCUUGAGGAUAAAUUAUUAAGGAUUGUAGAUAAAUGUGAAACAGAAAAAAGUGCAUUUACCAAGGAUAUUGCAACCUUGUCUCAUAGAUUAGCUGAUGCAAAUUAUACAAUACAUCGUUUAACCCAAGAUAAUGAAAAGUACAGACAUGAUGUGAAUUUAGCAAUACAGCUUCUCCAGUGUAAACCUUCCAAUUUUGUUGGUCAAAAAUAUGACUCUUUACCAUCUGAAGUACAAGCAAAAGUGAAGACAUAUAUUGCACAAAAGAAACGUUCGAAUGAUGCUACACCGCCUGACGUGAAAAGUAUUACAGUACCUAUCUCAACAUUUCCUCCAACAGCAAUGGUAUACAAUGUAACUAAGUCUGCUGGUGAUAAACAUAGCGACGAUGACGCAGAUGAAUCCAAACCACCGGUGGAUAUUGUCUCAGCUGCAAUAAUGGCCAAGGUUUUAGAAGAUCGGGAAAAGGAACGAAUAUUUGGCAAACAUUGUGAUACUUGUACAUGCCAUAGAAGUAUUUUAAUGGUUGAUGCUGAAACUCAAACUAGCGUACAAGGUGUAUUUCCUUGCAACGAAUGUGCAAUGAAAUAUGCACAAAACGUGGAGAAACAUGGGGAUAAUUUAAAGAAUAUUGACAAAAAUGGUCAAAAUAAGGAAUGCCAAAAUUCUAUGGUACACGCGGUGUACCAUGAGGUGAAUGAAAAUGUCAAUAGCAAAGUACAAUAUCAGAACAAUUGUACAAAGAAUAGCAACUGUCAACAUUUAUGCACAAAAGAUAAAUUUGUAAGUAAGAACGGUAAAGUUGUAGACAAUUUAAAGGACGCCACUCGUUUAAAUCUGAAUACAAAAGUUAAUUUAAAUAAAAAGAAUUCGAUGCGUCGGAACGAUGCGCAAAUUGUGUUCCAAAAUCAAAAUGAAAACACGAUUAAACAGGCAAUAUCCCAAAAGAUUAAUGAUACUUGUAGCAAUAGUAAACUAAACUCUGAUAAAGGAAAACAAAUCAGAGGGAAUAAAAAAUGCGACUUACAAGCUGACGCUAAAUUCAAUUUAAAUUCUUGGAGCAAAUUGGAAAAGAAACCUUCGAAUCACAGCCAUACAGUUCCUGAGAAUCCUAAAACUUACUUUGAUGGAAAAGAACAAAGCCACAUUGAUAUUAUUAAUGAUAGAUUAUGGAAGAACGAAUGGACGAAGCUGAAAUCACAAACGAAUAAGGACGGUAAAAAUGGGGAAAAGUUCAACAGUGAUAUAGAGAUUGAUGUAAUUAAUGAUAGGGUUUGGAAGAAUGACAGACCGAAAGAAGAAACUAAUCGGCCACCGCAGUUAACAUUAAUUGAAGUGAAAAAUGUUGACAGCGUUACAACCCAGAAUGAUUCUGGACAAAUUGAAGUGGCCACUAGUCCAAGUUUUAGUAGCGAUAGUAUGGUAAUUUCAACUUCCGAUCCAUCUAGCAGUUCUAGCGACGUUGUUCGAUCAACCCGUUUGCAUAAUAUUGGUAACGCAAAACCUAAUAGUCAGAACAGAACAACUGGUCCUAGAAACUGUCUGGUGAGAGUGACACCAGGAUCGAAAAACAUUCUUUUAGACAACGCUGGUCAUUAUAAAACUGUAUUAUACACUAGCGGAAGUAACAAACCAAAUACUGCUUUAGUUCAUUCGAAGAAAUUAUCUCGUUCUGGAUCUGAAAGAUCGGUCUCGACUAGUAGCGAGGAAAGUACACCGAUAUUGCUGCACGACAAUAAUCAGUUACAAAGAGUAGCCGAAUGGGUUCAGUCGUCCGUUCACAUGGACAAUGUACCAAGCUACACGAAAUUAAAGCCUAAUGAAAACAUAAUGGACAAAAGUCCUUCCCUAUUGUAUUUAAAUGAACCUAAAACAAAAUCUAUACCGCCGGGUGAUAAUCAACAAUUAUACGAGAAUUCUUCAAAGAAUAAAUGCGCAAACGCGGAGGUAAAAGUCGAAGGUUUCAAAGAGAGAGAUUUAAAUAAGGAUGUAAAUAAUUUUUCACUGAAUGUAAAUAACACGGUCCUAGACAAAGAUAAGGAUUUAAUAACCUUCGACGUUCCGAUUGAAGAGGAGAAAGUUUUACCUAAAACAUUGAAGAAAGGGGACGCUACAGAUUUUGAUUACGAGGUAAAGAUCACUAAAGAAAUGGAGGAGACUUAUCUAAAGCUUGCCGCAAGUUUAGAUCCUGUCGCGUUAAGCUUAUCGAACACCGAUAAUGCUGAUCUAACGAUUGAGAAAUAUAGGAAAGAUCAUAAAAGGCUUCAGAGGAGCCAGGAUAAGGUGGGAUCAAAGGUGUAAGAGUAUUUCAGCUGAUAUUUCAGAAGAUUAUUAAAUACUUUAGCAGGGAGUUCCUUUAAAGAUAACAGAGCAUUAUUUUUUGUAACUAUGUGAAACUUAAGGCUGUACCAAGAUCAGUAGUUUAGGGAAGAACAUUCUAUACACCACUGCAGACAUAGAGUUUUAUUUAUUUUAUUUGUACAGUUGUAAAUUUAUUGCUUGCCGGAUGAGAUUUAGUUUCGUGCCAAUCACCUUUAGCUAUUUACAUUAGUCAAUUAUGUGUUACAAGUAACGCGCGUGUAAUUUGAUUAAAAUCAAUCAAACAUGAAAUUAAUUCCUUCUUACAACUUUUUGUCAUGUGUAAAUGGACUUCUCCUUUUCUUUUCUCUACAGUUUUGUAUAGAUCAUUCUAGAUCGGAAAAUAGCCCAACUAAAUUAGAUAACGAACUUUUAUUCUUGUUACUGCGAUUAAAUAUUAUAGAACGAAAUUGCGUUCGUGCGUAUUGAAAUGAGACAAUAUUUAAAGAUUCGUUGUCGGAUGCUAUGGUUUCCAUAGUGCAGUAUAAUAACGCGUGCUACUUCCAAUUACAUUUAGGGCUCACCUCGCAAAUAUUUUGCGUUGUGAUGUGUCUUUUAAAUUCAUUUGAUACGGAGUAGUAGAAAGGGAGUAAUACAUUUUCCUUGCGUGUGCUGGUAUAGAUAUGGCAUAAUAUAGCUGACAAUAUUACGGUCGAACUUAUACUCAUUAAGAUAUAUAUUUGCGAGGAAUAAGAUUUCUGUUACGAGACAAGAAUCGUGGUACCAAAGUUGGGAAAGCUCUCCUUGCAAGAUUUAGUACUUAUUUAUAAUGUAUGGCUUGAAUCAAUAUGUUAUAGCGUAAUCGUAAUUUCUUUUCUUUCUUUGCAUGUCUUACGUACUUCUAUUUGGGAAAAAAAAGAGAAAUACACAAGUGUAAUUAAGAUAAGUCUAUUGGAAUGGUUAGAUAACCGAUUUCGAUGUGAAUACAAGCUCGCUGUAAUAACCGAUCCUUUCGUUGUAAAACGGUCCAAUGAAAACGAAAGCUAAGCUUAUUUACUUCUUCGAUAUCUUAACGAGCUUCUAUGCAAUUAAAAAAUUACUGUCUACCGUACUUUCACGGCUAAUAAAUUGAUCAGUAUCACAAAUGCUACUUCCAAAUAAAAAAAAAAAAGUAAUGAUUAUAAUAGAGUUACACAUUGGUGUAACUAGGAUUUCUUAUGGGAUGAAUUGGAUCUCUUGGAAAUUUUGGAAUUUUGAAAUUCUGGAACUUGGAAAAUUUUUAAAUCUAAAAUUUUAGAAUGAAGAGGUGGCCACUCCACAUUUUUAGGGGGUCGGACCCAACCUGGCCCCUAAUCUAGUUACACCAAUCAAAAUACAAAGAUGGUUUACUAAUGAAAUGCAUAAUAAUCACUGUAAUAAUAAUUUUUAUCAGAAUCCAUCGCGAUUCUUCUGAAAAAAAAAUACAUUGCGUUUCACGUGAAAUAUUUCUCUUGGAUAUUGUGAAUCGUGCCGUUCUUCCCUCUGAUUUUCAACUUGUGUAAUAGAAAGUUUCUGUGGAGAUCAUGGGUAUUGUAAUUAAAAUCGAAAGUAACCAUUGUAAAGUUCGAGUACGUGUUAGCACGUACCUAUGCGAUGAAGAAUAGCAUUUUGUGGCGUACGUGUAUUUUUAGGCUGUUCACUAGAGUUGGGAUCCAAGUAUUUCGAGAAACAGAAGCAAUACUUUUAAGUAGACUCGAACCUAAACGAGAUAGGUUUGAGCUCCUUAUAAUUACUUUGAGAAAUGUAAGCGAUACAUUGAAGUAUAAUUGAUCAAUAUAAGAUCAUACCAAAAAA